UUCCCUUGCGCCUGCGUACUACGGCUCCUGCCCGUUGCCGCGGCCCGGAUCGGGAAGUGUCAGGUGGGAGCUGGGUUCCCCCGGUCUUCGCCGCUACCGCCACUGACCUCUCCCCCGGACUCCCUAUCCAGGACCGGGCCCAGCCGCCAUGACGAACGUGUACUCCUUGGAUGGGAUUCUGGUGUUUGGGUUGCUGUUUGUUUGCACCUGUGCCUACUUCAAGAAAGUACCUCGUCUCAAAACCUGGCUGCUCUCAGAAAAGAAGGGAGUUUGGGGUGUGUUUUACAAAGCUGCUGUAAUUGGAACCAGGCUGCAUGCUGCUGUGGCAAUCGCCUGCAUUGUGAUGGCCUUCUACGUCCUGUUUAUAAAAUGAAUUCUGAAGCAUCCAUUUCAUCAACCGCCAGCCAAGGGGACAAAGGUGAAGAACCUGUCGGGAGCCUGGGCCCAGCACAGGAAAGCUCAGCUAAAAUCGUCGAAGUCCCCAGGAUGACACCACAGCAUCUUCCCCUACUUCUUGUGGGGAAAACUCCUCAUGAUUACAAACAUUAUUUAUGCUUCCGGGGACUACAGAAAGCAAACUUCCUUUGACCUGCUUAUAAAUCAGUCCUCAGCAGAGAGCAUAUAAUGUCCAGAUAAAUUACUCCCCUCGGUGAUACGAUUCCAUACCUCCUGCUUAAAAACUGUUACCUAUUUUGUUCUUCAGCCCCUCAUCAGGCUCUUUUCAAACUGAGGCUCAUUAGGGGAGGAUAUAGGCUGUGUUCAAACUUCUUGGAAAGAGAGAUAAUUUUUAAGACUUGACUUUUAUUUUUACUGUUUUAUUUGGAUGUGAUAAAUUGCAGGAGUGCUGGGAGGGUGGGGUUGGGAGGCUGAGUGGGAAAUAGUAGUUAAACAAUGCCAAGACAUUGUUUUGGCUUUGGAAAUUUAUCUUUCACAUACCCACCUGGAAACAGAGAGAGGCAAGAUCCUCACUGCAAAAAGAAACGGUGAAAAUAGCUCUGCUGUGUGCUGGAGCUCAGGAGUUUUGCCAAAACAAUCUGGGCCUACGUAAGAUUUGGAAAUUAUCUGUCUAUGGUGAGACCUGAAAGGAGUGAUUUAGACAAGAAACAAUGUUCCAUUCAGUAAUAUUCCCAAAAGGAAACUUCACCCCUUCAAAUGGUAUAUGGAAACUGUUGCUAUUUUCCUAAAACUUUUUAAAUUUUUUCUAAAUGACUGAGUGCUAAAUACUGUUACUCAGUUUUAAAUGCCACCACUAAGGGAAAGAGAAACUAUUGAAGAAAUAAUUAUUUAAUAUAUUUGCAGUUGGGGUAGAAGAAAUAAAUACAUUUAGUGUAUUAAUUCAUAUACUAGUAAAGUCAUCUAGAAUUUAUUGGGAUGUUAGAUGGAAGUUUUGUCAUGUUACCGAAGAUACACACUUAUUUUUUGUUUAAAUCUGGGUUAUUAUGGCAAUUUUCAGUCAAUUACUUGUGUUUUUUGGUUCAUUUUAAAUUUUGUUCAUGUUGCAGUACUCUUUAGCUGUCUCUUGGAAAUUAUAAGAACAUUAGAAAUUUUAAUGAGAAAUUGAUGGCACUCAUAUGCAUGUUUGUACAGUUCAUACAAUCCAUGAAUAAAAUGAGAGUGUCUUCUAAAGUAAAGGAAAACCCAGGUUUCCAAUUGAGAUUGAUGGAUGAGCUUUUCCAUGGAGUAUGGGAACUCCUGAGCAAAUAGUUUUAGAUGAUUCUUACAUUUGAAGGGAAGACUUCUCCAUUCCCUCCUUCUUAUAUCUACAAAAGGAUUAACUGUCGCAUUUAUGAAGCCUAGAAUUUCUCUUAAAAAAAAAUUGGUCUAAAAUUAUUGUAAAGAGCAAGCAUAGACAUAGGUCUACCAGUUGAAUUGCUCAUUAAAGUAAAACUUGACUAUGGACAAGUUGGCUGUGGUUGAUCCCUUUGUGGUAGUAAAUUGUCUUUUGUCUUAUUCCAAAAGAACAAAAGCUGCUAGGAAGUUUAGAUUCUGAAACACUCAGUUUAGUGCUUUGAGGGUUCCUAGACAUACAGAAAGUCAUCAAGUAAACACUACAUGUCUAAUCAUCAUCUCUGGCUGUUAUCUCCAGAAUUGGUCUACAGGGUAAAUUUCAAUGAUUCCUAUAUUUUCAUUGUCAUUUCUGAGACUUUUUCACACAAGAGAAAGGAAAGCUAGUGGAACCGAAAGAGUUACACCUUGUGGGUGUCAAUUUGGAACCUGUUGGCCAAUAGGAAUGUCACUCCCUGGAAAUACAGGUUCAGCGUGUUUUGCACUUGUUAUUUUGUAGCUUUAAUGACUUUUGUUUCCUAAUAGGGCUAAUAACUUGGAGCUUCUUCAUAUUUUAAACUAGUUCCAUUUCACAGUUCAAAUCAAUUUUUACAGCUUCCUGCAUGGGUCAUCUUGACCUGAAGUCUUGAAUUGUUAUAUUUUGAGAUGUUUUCAUACCAGAACAUACCAAAAAGUGUAUGGAGUGAAGGUAAUUUACAGCAAGAAACAAAUACACAGCUUGUUUCAUUUCUUUAUAUAAGCAGAAACUUGUUUUAUUCAUUACUUUGAUUGAUGUAUCAUAAAUUUUUGACUGAAAAUUGUAGGAAGUUGUUCCUCUAAGAGAGUCUUUUAGGGGUGGAAGCAUGGGGAUAGCAGUAUUGUCUCAGAUUCAAACUGGCAUCACCAUAAAUGUUGUAUGCCAGGGUGGAAUGAAGUCAGCUUUUUAUAGUUGAAAUAAAAUUUUUUUAUUCAUCAUUGUCUGCACAGUCCUUGAAAAUAAAAUUUUUCCCUACCA